AUGGAAGUCUGCCGCCUUGUCCUACAGAAGCCGUACGAUCAUACCAUCAAAAUGCCUUGGAUUCUAUUGCCCUUCGACCUUCACGGAUGCGGAACAGGCGAGGCUCUGACGAUGACAUCAGACACCGUCGUGGUCAGAGCAGGCUUAACUGGCGCUUUCAAUCAUCGCAAGGCUGCAUCUUACCGGUCAACCGCUCGGCAAGCACUGAGCCGGCGUCAAGAUGCGCUACGUGGUCAGGCAGAACUGAUGAACGUCGGCAAGCGCCGAUCAAACGUGCAUUCUUAG